AUGCCAAUGCCCAGCAAAGCACCCGACGCCGAAGAGGCGAAACAAGGCAUCUUCCAGUACGCAAAAGCAUGGGGUGGUAAGUCCUAUUCGCCUACUCCCUCUCUACAUACACAUCGCUUACUCUCCUCCAGGAAACCCUCUCCCAUCCACAAUCCUCGCGACGCUCAUCACAGCCCAACACAUGCGACCCUUCCAAACCCUCCCCAUGCUCUUUCCGCCCGUCCUCCUCUUUUCCUCCUACCUCAACGUCCAAGGCUUCAAGAAAGACUCGGCGGGCAUGACGAGUGCGUGGAGUAUGGCAUACUUUGUCAUCGCCGCGAGAAGGAAACAGCCUUUGACGAAGAAAUUCGGGAUGAGGGGGAUCGUGAGGGGUGCGACGUUGGGUCUUUGCGUGGCUAAUGCUGUUACGGGUGGUUGGGCUUAUUGGACGGGGAGGAGGAGGGAUGAGGGGAAAGAAUGA